UUUCGUUUUUUAAUUUUAGUGCACAGUUGCUAAUGUUCGCGGGGAAUUGAUUAUUUCUAAUGAACGGUGUAAAUAUAUUGAGUUAAAGAGUUCUAGAAAUUUGAGGGAUCGUUGUUUUUUUAUGCAGUUGUGAUAUAAAAAGCUGCAAAAAUGAACGAAGAUUUGAAGUUUAUCAUUGCUGAGCUGAAUAAAAUAUUCAAGAAGAUUCAUACGUUGAUUUCUUUCAAGUCUGUGCAGUCUGGAGAUCUAUUACAGAUAUUGAGUGAUGUUCUGUCGGAUGUGACGGAAACUCCCAAAGUGGAUAUGAGGGACGAGAGUCUGGAUCAAUCAGCAGUGAGAAUACUCACUAUCUUGCGAGUGCUGAAAUAUCAACCCAGUAAAGAACCCGCUCUAUUCAGACAAAGAUUGGUGAAAGGUGAUCAAGAAACUAUUUACGAGGUUCUAAAAUGGUUAUUCACCAACAAAGACAUUGCCAAGCAACGAGCAUAUUUGUCAAGAUUUCUGGUGAAGGUGGAAGUUCCUCCGGAAUACCUCGCAGACCCGGAAACCGCAGCGCUCUACGAGCGCUACGAGAACCUGAUAGAAGACUUCAAGAUGGUCCACAAAGAGCGUGAAGCCGGUCGAAAAAGCGGUGAGGCAGCCGCAGAACUAAAAACUGACCUAAAAGCCAUGGAGAAAGAACGUGAGGUAAUAUUGGACCGUCUCGAGAAGGUAAAGGUUCGUACGGAGUCAAACUCCCAUCUCCUGAAAGCGGCCAACGAACUCCGGCUGGAACGCGACAGGGAUCACGAACUGUCUCUCCAAAGAGUUCAGGAAAAGGAAGCAAUAUCAAACCUUCAGGUGUCCCUCGAACGCGCAGAGCGGAAGCUUCGUCUGCUCCAAGAAGCGGGAGUGGAACUUUCCCCUCAGAUCUUGGAACAAAGACUUUCGGAAGAAGUGAUGCUGCUGACAGCGGUGAAGAACGAAAGAUUACCGUCAGAGUUGGCGACUCUAAAAUCUCGAGUGGACGCUCUGAAUGGAGUGGCGAAUACUUACGUGGGUCCUGACGACAUAAUAAAGCUGCGACAGAAGCUAGAUGUGAUAGCCAGAGAAGUCCAAGCCUUAGCCGAGACGAAAGUCAGCGAGGGUGGAACUGACCAGAUGGCGCCGUUCAGACAACAAGCGGCGGCCAUUGCUGGCGUCAAGAGGAAUACGUUAGAGCGUCUUGAGAAGACGGAGCAAAAUUUAGAAGAAUUGAUGAAUAAACUGGAGGAGAAGAGGGACAAGACCAAACGACUCGGUCAGGACUCAGUCCCCAAGGGGGAGGAGCUGAAGCGAUAUGUCACUAGAUUGAAGACUAAGAGCGUUCUUUAUAAAAAAUGUAGAACUGAGCUUGGGGGGCUACGGGCCGAGGCCGGGUUUCUGAGCAGAACUCUUGCGAUACUGGAAGGAAAGCUGGGGAAGGUCAAGACCAGUGAGGAUGACAAGGAGGAGUUGGGGAGGGAGGGCACUCUGCCGGAUGGGUAUUCUGAGGAAACGGCGGAGGAGAUUAAUAAACAGUUCAAGAACGAUGUGAUUAGUUUUAAGGCGAAACUGGCGCCAUUAUUGAAUGAACUACAGCCGCUGAGGAUCAAGGCACAAGAUUUAGAGGACAGAUAUGAACGCGCUCGGCGGAGUCACGAAGCUGUUGAAGCCCGCGUCAACGGGACAGUUUCGACUCUUUCCGAGGAAGUUAAAACUCUUCAAGAAAAUAUUGACAAGGACAAUGCAGAGUUAAUGAAGCUGAGGGAUGAAAUUUCGAAACUUCGAUUGGCACAGGAGAGAAUUCAACAGGAAAUGCGAUUGUAUGCGAGUCAUAGUGGUGGUCCGUCCUUCAGAGACAAGUUAAAUGAAUCUAUCCUCGCUGAGGAGAAGAAAUCUAAGCAGUUGAAGGAGGAGGAGAAAAUAGUGCGAGAACUUGUGGAGCAGAAUGAAUAUCAAACACAACAGUGGAAUCAUCUGGUCGCAAUCUUCGAGUGCAAAGUACACUACAUGCGGGAAAGCAAGAAACGAGAUGGAAUUGUAGUGCGUAAAGAAGGCACUGAGACAUUAAUACUUCAGUAGAUGACUACAGACACAUUUCAUUUUGUCGAUAAAUGAUGAAAAAAUUCUUCGAUGUCAGUCUUGUAAAGGAAUGUCUUUUCGAUGUGAUCUGGAGUCUGGAGAAUUAAGUCGUCCAGGAAAUUUAUGAAUAAUCUUGUCUUGUUGUCAGCAUAUUAGAAUGAGAAACCGAACACAUAAGAUAAAUGAAGGCUAAAGAAGAGAAAGAGGCCCAGGAAAAUCAUGGAAUAGGGGGAGGAAAAAAGUGUUCUAUUCUGAAAAAGUCAAAUGUGGAAAAUAGAUUAUUUCCAGAAGAAUCACAGAACGAAGAGUAAAUACUCCUUUGAAAGACAAGUAGUUUUUAUUUGUUUUGUAAUUUCUUUCCAAAGUCUGAAGAAGUUAAAAUAUUUAGCAAUACGUCGCAUUCAUGACAAAUUAACGAACGUUGUGUUUUUUCAUUUCUCCAAAUUUUUCUUUAAUCCCUACUGAAUAUUUAUAAACAUGGAAAUGAAUAACAAAAUUGAUUAAAUAUUCAGUUAUGCUUGUACUGGGUUACAUUCAAUAAAAAACAUCACGUGUUUGGAUAAGCGAUGUGAAAAUUGUGUACAGUAGACUCUCGCUAGUUGCGCAUCGAAAGACUUGUAGGGGUACCUUCGAGAAAUCCGCAACUUUCCACCGACCCCCACUCCUGAACCACUGCCGCCUCAAGUUCUCAGAAAAAUGAGA